AUGUCAGCCCCGGUUUCCUCCCCGGGGGUCGUCGUGCCCGAUCCUGGAGAUGUGAAAGAUGUCCGCCCCGCCGUGCGCAACACCGUCCGACUCUGCCUCAGUGCGAAAGAGUAUCGAGUCCUCUACGACAUUGCCGUCAAACGCGCCCCAGCCCUGAAAGGCACACUACCUUCAUCCCUAUGCGAUGAUCCUGCUGCUGUUUCACGAAACCGCCAUAGUCUGGCAGCCGUCCGCGCAUCGCUGCGUGUCUUUGUUGGCUCGAGUGUCGCGUUGAAGCUGGUGGAGAUCAUCAUGAAUCGAGUCAAAGGCAAUGCGCUCCAGAAGAAAACUCGCACCCCGCUUCUCCGCUCCCCAAAUUUCCGCCUCUCGUUCUCUCUGUCACUCUUACUCCUCCUCCACCGUCUCCUGUAUCGUUUCCUCGUGAGACUGCGCGCGAAUCUCGGCACCGAUGAUGCCCGUUCAUUCCGCGAGCGAAAUCCGCGGGUCUCGCGCGCGUUGACAUCAAAAUAUGCCCCCGCCAUCGGAGCCAGUCUGGCGGGCUUUGCGCUAGGCGUUGCCCCACAGGACCAGCUCCGGUUGACGGCUGCCAUUUGGGCCUCUACGCGCAGUCUGGAGUAUCUGUUCAAUGCAAUGGAUGCAAAGGGUUGGCUGGAUAGUCGCCCGUGGUGGUUCGGCAGCUGGCUGCUAAUGCCGGUCUCGUGUGCACAGCUCUUUCAUGCGUUUGUGUUUGAUCGCGAGACAACUCCCGGUUGGUUUGGGAAGGUUAUUCUGAGACUAUCCCCCAGUUACAUCCCCAGCCGACCGGAGUCACUCCCUGGAAAUGUCCCUUGGCCGGAGAAGGAGGAGAUUGUGGACUCGCUUGCAUCUAUUGCGGAUCUGCGUUGGCCGACCUUUGUGUCUCCAAUCCUCCACCCGACCGACCCUAAUACCUUGCCAGCAGCGGUCAAGUCCCUCUCCCCAAUCACUGGACCUGCGCAUCCCUCGAUCGCGAGCCUAUCAUGCGCAGUGCUCCACCCGAGUCUGCCCAACUGCAGCACGGCGUUUCUGCAUCACCUCUUGCUCUCGGUGCCCCUGCUCGCCCGGUUCCUUACAACAAUCACUCUGGCACUGAGCAUCCCCAAAUUCAAGAGCAUCCUCGCACAACCCGUUACGUCUAUUAAUGCGAUCUCGAAGAAGAUCAUCCUGCUGACCGCCGUUCUCUCCGCCGCUAUUGGUUCGGCCUGGGGCAGCGUCUGUCUGUUUAACAGUACACUCCCCCGAGCAACACUCCCCACCAAACGCUUCUUCUUGAGCGGUGCAUUGGGCGGUCUCCCAUUUUUGCUCAUGGGCAACAGUCGCAGCUUAUUCACGUAUUUCUUCCGUGCCGCUCUGGACUCGGCCUGGAAGACCGGGAUCAAGCGCAGACUGUGGAAGGGAGGACGUAGCGGUGAGCUGGCACUCUUUGUGAUGUCUUGGGCGCUGAUGGGAUCUAUUCUGGAGGCAAACCCAGACGCAGUUCAAGGUGGCGGUCUGCGAAAAGGAUUGACUUGGCUGCGGGGUGACGGAUUCGUCGAUCCCAUCGAGAUGGAGAAGCGCAAAGCUCGUCGCGCAAAGAAGACAGACGGAUGCUGA